AUGACCCAUCGUGAAGCUUCGUUUGCCGAUAAACAUAUACAUCGCCAUCAUCAUGCCCAUCAUCAUCACUCUUCUCAUCACUCACACAGGGAUCGGGAUACAUCGUCAAGAAGGAGAUCGAGGGAUGCGAAUGUGAACAACGUUGUCGAACAUGGAGGUGGGAUAGUCGAUGAACCUGAAAGCUUACAGGGUGCGAGUAUGGAUGUUCAUGUUAGAGUACAUAAUUCGGAUCAGUUCUGGCAUGAAAUCGACUUGAUAAUCGAUAUACCCGAUUCACCCACUCUCGCUCAACUCGACGGUACCCUGAAACUAUUCGUGACUUUUUGUGCAGCUUAUCAUGACAAAUACCUCUCUUCUCCUGCUGAAAUCCAACAUGCUAUCGAGCUAAUACUGGACUCGGAAUUGUUCACAUUUCAUUAUGAAAGGAUGGUAGGAAUCAUUAUGGCUGAUGCUCAAGAGAAUACGAACCCUCACGACUUGUAUAUACUGUAUCAUAUCAUUUGGUACUAUGGUCAAAGACAUCCUAGCUUGUUCAGAUCACAUCGGAAGUGGAGGAAAUUAUUACCUACCUUAGGGGAAGUAGUAGGCUUGGAUAUUGAAGAGCAAAACUUCGUACUAGGUCUACCUCCUAUCGAGGGACGACUACGGCUCCCAGCCACCCAUCUUAUGUAUGAGGUCUGUCGAGUCCAGAAGCUCACUCAAGAUGAAUUAUCACAAUUUGACGAUCGAUUCAUUGAUCACCUAUUUGAUUUGGUUGAGACCACGAGGGACAACCAAGAUGAACGAUUGAACUAUGCGGUCAUCAAAUUGAUAGUCGCAUUAAAUGAGCAAUUUAUGGUAGCUACCUUACCUUCAAGACUUCAUGUUCAUUCUACAAAGGAAGAGCUAGGUUUAGAUGUAGGUGUGAAGGGGGAUGUAACGCCAAGACCUCUGUCAGUCAGAGUAUCCGAUGAAAGUGGGAUUGGAAACGGAAAUAUAGGAGGAAAACAACAACAAGAGCAGAAAGAUGACAAAUCGCUUUUAUCCCCUGAUGCUAUAACCAAUGGACUCGCUCACACAAGGAAUCAUCAUCGAGCAAGAUCAGGAACGUUAUCCGCAAGAUAUGAACAUGACCACUCGGAAGAAGCUAAGAGGAAUAACCGAGUUUUAGUCGUCUUGAUGAGAAGGUUGGGGAGUAGUAAGACUUUUGGUGAAAAUAUGAUCUUCAUGCUUAAUAGAGCGGAAAAUACACCCGACGAUCUGUGCAUGCAACUACUCAUUCUCAAAAUCCUCUAUCUCCUUUUCACCACCCCUGGUACUCAAGAGUACUUCUUCACCAAUGACUUGCGAGUACUCCUCGAUGUGUUCAUCAGAGAAUUAGUUGACCUUCCGGAUGAAUGCGAAGCACUUCGACAUACGUAUCUCCGAGUACUGUAUCCCCUUUUGAAUCACACGCAACUUCGCUCGGACCCAUACAAACGACCACAGAUAAAGCUCGUUCUCAACUCUCUGAUUGCCAACAACCACAUUAAAGAGAUCAAUCCCACCACAACCAGAUUAGUAGAACGGUGUUCUGCUGAGCCAAGGAAGUUGGAACGAAGUCACAGCGCCGAGAACGUUCGCAAUGCAUGUCGACAAGAUUCCGCUUCAUCAACUUUAUCUCUCGAUUCAGUUGCACUAGCAUUACCUCAUCCUAAGAACACCCUUGGUACAUCGAUUUACACUUCCAGGGAUCCAGUAAGACAAUCAUCAUUGAACGAUGUAUCUGCGUCUUUGACAAUGCCAGAUGACGGUCGACCAUCAUCUUCCGCGUCAUUCCAUUCGACUUCAACUCAUGAACCACGAUCAGCAGCUUCGACUCCGCCGCCUGCUAGAAGGAGGAAAGCUCCCGCACCUCCAAAGGGUAGGAAAAUGAGUAAUGCAAGUUGGACAAGUUUCGAUUCAUCGAAAACGGAUAAUGAUGACAACACCGAUUUCUCUUCUUCACCUCUUUCCACGGGCGGUAUGUCGAACAUGAAAGAAUUGGUAGAUCAAGGUGGAAAGAAUGUCCCACCACCUAUAAUAGAAGUCAUCCAACCUGAACCCACACCGAGCGGGUGGAUCACUUUUUCGACCUAA